AUGGCGGCCCAACGUGGGCCGUCCGCGGCCCAACGCGGCCGCGGCCUCGUUGGGCCGGCGCUGACAUUGUCGCUGGGUGUGUGCCUCUGCUUCUCCCUCCCGACAUCACCUUCCAGUGGCCCACGGAGCUUCACGGCACCGUCCCUUCGUGGUCGUCCGCCGUCCGUUGCGUUGGCCAGCGCUGCGGGCACGGCAGAGGGGAAUAGCGUCAGUGCUGCCAGUAUGAACUUAGCAAAAAACCUGGUGGGCUCUGGGAUUCUGAGCCUCCCUGCAGGGAUUGCUGCUUUCUCUUCCUCCACGGCUGCCUUGACGCCUUCCUUGCUCUUGCUCUUGGGCUCGGCGAUACUAAGCGCCUACACCUUUUAUUUGAUUGGAAAGGUCUGCCUUGAAACCAAGAGCUCCACUUUCGGUGCUGCCUGGGACCGAUCAGUACAAUCAGGGAAGUGGAUUCCACAGUGGGUUUGCAUCUUCGAAUGCUUCGGUGGUGCUGUCGUCUAUUCCAUGGUCCUUGGAGAUGCGUUCUCCUCGUUGUUGCAAGGUGCAGGAGCUGCAGUUCCUUCCUUGUUGGUCAGCAGGUCAGGAGUGAUCCUUUCUCUAUCUGCCUUCGUCUUAUUUCCACUCUGCUGUUUGCGAUCCUUUGCGCAGCUGGCUAAGUUUUCGUUGUUGGGCACGCUGGCGACGAGUUAUGUCGUAGUCUUCAUCGUGAAGCGUUUCCUGGACGGAAGCUACGCGCCGGGUGGGCAGUUCUUUAAAGCUGCGCACGCUACAACGACCGCGGCCACGGGGAUGUUCAAUCCGCAGAUGCUUGUGCUUGUGGCGCUGCUUUCCACGGCUUUCUUGGUCCAUUUCAAUGCACCUCAGUUCUUCAGCGAGUUGCCACCCGUUGAAGCGAAGUCUGAGAGCGAACGGCAAGGAAAACUCCGGGACUUCAGCAAGGUGUCGUUGAUUGGUUUCGGCAUCGCUUCCCUUCAGUAUGCUAUGGUCAUGUGCUUUGGUUUCCUGACUUUUGGUACCUCAGUCAGUGGGAAUGUUCUCCUGAACUAUGAUUCCUCAGAUCCUUGGGCAACGGCUGCGCGUUUGGCCGUGGGCAUUUCGAUGCUCUUUGGGUAUCCCAUGCAGUUCGCAGGUUUCCGCGAUGGUCUUCUGGAACUCUUCCACAUCGAUCCCUUACCACCUGUGAAACAUCGCCUAGUGACUGGCAGCUGUUUGCUGCUGGCCGUGGGGGUUGCAUGUGUUUUCCGCGACUUGGGAGUUGUACAGGCGGUGGAGGGCGCCCUCCUGGCUGCCUUCUUAGUCUUUCUGGCCGGGCCCAUCAUGGCCUUGCGGCUGCCCAUGGGCCGACGCUCCGCGCUCACCAGGUGGCGUUUCCGAUCGUUGAUUGUGCUCGGAGUCGCCUUCAUGGGUCACUUGCUUCAGGAUAUGGUGCUUUCACUGUUUUGGUACGGUUGGUUGCACAAAAACAUCUUCACAUUGCAUCCCCUGUGUUGGAUGUGCUGUGAACUUCGGUUGGCUCUGAACGUGGUGGUCCUGGAGCUAGCGGAUCCAUACGGUGUUCCCAUGAACGGCCUCUCAUCUUGGGCACUGACUAUGAUGUGCCCUGCCAGGGAUGGCGGCCCUGAAGAGGGCCGCGGUAGGCGCGACAUGAUUUCAGCACCGCAAGUGGUGUCUCCGCCUGCCAUGGCGGCGAAGCGGCUUCCGUUCCGCACGCCAGGCCUCGCCGCUUCUUCGAAGCGCCGCUUCGCCGGCCGAAACAUGUCUCCGUUACCGGUCACGGUCACGGCGGCGCUGUUGUCGACGGCAGUGACACGGCGAGCCGUGGCGACGAAGCGGAUACCAGGCUUGCUGCGGCGAAUCGCCGAGUGUUCCGACGGAUUUGCCCUGCUGCCCAAAGCCAGGCCGUUUCGUGUGGCGGGGAAAUCUCUGGGCCUGGUUUUGCCGCAAGCGGCCAGCCAGCUGCAACGUUUCCCCAAGGUCUUUGAGGUCAGCGACACUUCCGUGGAGCUGCUGGCAGGCACUUCGGUCGAGACACGCUCAGAGGCCGUGGCAGCGGUCCUUCAGCAACUGCAGGAGGAGGACGCUGUGCCCAUGCUGCGCGGCUGGCGAGAUGAGGCCUGGCCCGUGAAGGCCUCGUUUCACCAAUUGCCCGCGCUUGUGAUCGAACGUUCUGCCGGGCCCUUCUUUGGCGUGCCCGGAUUUGGGUGUCACAUCAAUGGGAUCGUGAAAGAUAAACUGUGGGUAGCAAAGCGGGCUCAAAGCAAGCCCACCUAUCCUGGGCAUUUGGACCACCUUGUGGCAGGUGGGCUGUCAGAAGGCGAGCUUUGCUGCGACAAUGUGAUCCGUGAGUGCUGGGAAGAAGCGCGAGUGCCAAAGGAACUUGCCUCGAAAGCUUCCCCUGCCGGAGUGGUGUCCUAUGUGCAGGAAGAUGAAACAGGAUGGGGUAUCAAGCGUGAUGUCCUGUUUUGUUACGACCUGGUGCUGCCAGAGGAGUUUGAACCAAUCGCCGGCGAUGGCGAAGUGGAGUCCUUUCACCUCAUGGGUCUCGAUGAGGUCGUGGCAUCUCUGGUCUCCAAAGAGGCGCGCUGGAAACCCAACGUUGCGUUGGUCAUCAUUGACAUGUUGGUCAGGCGCGGCUUUCUGACACCUGAAGAAGACGGUUAUGUGGAGCUGGUACAUGCAUUGCGGCGAGGAUAGUGCAACUGGUGGAGGCUUAGGAUGAUCUUUUCAUGAAGGCAGCAACUGUGG